GUGGAGUCGGAUCAGCAGCGAGACGCAGCAGUAGGCUACCCCGCAACAUUAUCAGAGUGGCUAGCUAGCCUAAUUGAGAUUUAGCUCGCUUUUAAAUGUACUACGUUCUGUUGGGACCAACUAAUUACUGAACGGACUCUGAGCUAGUGAAGAGCAAACCACCGUGCGCAAAGAUUGACCAACAUCUGCUAUAUUGUUGCCGCGCUGUAGCCGAAUAAUGUAUCCACAUUGAUUGAGAAAGGAGCGAUAUAAGGGACUACACCGAGUCCAUCGGAGAUUUGUCUGUUUCUAUUUGCAACAACCAACACGGAUCUUGUUCCUUCCAUUCGCAAGAGGGGAAAUGUGAAUUAAGCAGCAAGUUUGGCCGAAGUCUCUCCUUAUGGAUUUAGCACUUUCUGCCGCAUGAACCCGAAAGAAGGAGCCUGGCGCGCAAGCCUCAUUCUGCAGUGAGAACACAAUUGGGUCAGGGUGAAGUGGACUUUGCGCCCCAGUUCCAAGGAUCAGAGCUAGCUGCUUCCCUGCCUGCUCACCACCGGCAGCUGUCCUUCAUGUUAUGGUUGUUUUGAUGGAUGGAUAAGUGUAUCUCCGAGGUUUUCACCAGGACGCACACUAAAGGCAAUCACCAAAGACUUUAAAAAGAGAAAGAAACAGAAGCCCAAAUUAAGAUUCCAAUAUUCACCUCGAUCGAAUGGAACUUGGAUAUUCUGGUGCCUAAUCGAACUUUAUCAAGGAUCGAUCAUUAAGAGCAAAGACCGAACAAAAAGGUAAUACGAUUUCCUUGGAUCCGCGAGGUUGCAUAAUUAUUUCGUGGUAAUAUGUUACUUUAUUUAGAGGUUACAGUCCACUAAACAAUUGUUUCAUUGCCAAAUUGAUUUCAACUCCACACAUUGUACUAGUCCAUGAAUAACCCUUCUUGCAAAUAGUUCCAUGACUGGUUAUGUUUUUUUGUAAAAACAUUAGGCCUGUAUCAGACAAUGCGAUUCGGUUACAACAAUGUAAGAGUUUUAAUGAAAUGCAUGAUAAUACAGCCAUACUUCUGUUCCAAUAAUGUAUUUUUGACACUGCAAAAUCCCCGUCAAUUUCAGAGUUUGCUCACAAGUGAAUGAGAGAUUGCUGAAUGUGGCAGUAUCUGUGCAGUAAAGAGUUGCAACAUUGUUUCCACUGUCAUAUCGAUUUGAUUGACUUUGGGAGCGUGUGAAACAGACGCAUGACAUGAUGUUGUUGUGUUUUUCGUCCAAUACUUUAUAAACCAACUGGACAAUUUAUAUUGGUUAUAUCAGUUAGGCUACAAAGAUAGGCUUAUAGGCAAUAAUUGUAACGCGCCUUGGGAAACUGGUUUAAGUUAUAUGGAAUUUAUCACGAUGAUCAUCUAGUUAACAUUUUACAGAAAUAGUUGGAUGAAGGUAAAGGAGCAGAAGACAUCGUUUGAUUUAUGACAACAGCAUUGUAACCGCUAAUGCGAAUAAAUGAACGCAAACAAAUUAACUGAUUGUGUAAAUCCUUCACGAUAUUGAAGGCAUGUUUGUCUUUCACUUGGUGCUUUUGACAUAAACACAGACAAACCACUGGACAACUUUCACUAGUUUAUUUAAUGGGACCACAUCGAGAUAAACUCACCUUUCACUUCGUUGAGGAUAAACGCGCCGUAAAUAAGACUACAUAUAAAAAUUAUUUCCCCCCAGUUCUAAAUGGAGAAAGAAUAGGCUAUAGUUCAUUCACGGGAUAGUUAUUAAACCGUGUGCGCCAUGGCGGCACGCACAUGGUAUGCAUGGAACACUCCAGGACUGGCGCCUGUGCACAGUUGGCCCGGCCCGGUUCGGUUGGCGUCAUGGCACCUGGACAAAAUAAUCACGCAGCUCAGUCUUGUUCCUGUUGCCAACUGUGGUCCCCUGUCACGCGAUAAUAAAAAUAAACAUCUUUCCAUCAAAUCAGAAUGUUUUUUUGUCCUCAUAAGAACAGUCUGCUCUAAAAAUAGUUUACUGUUGAAUAAAUCCUCACUAGAUUAUUUCAACCUGGACUCAGGGGUAGACGUAAUAUAGUAAACGUAGACCUGUCUCGAUCCAUUUAGUAUGAUACAGUAUGUUACCUUUUGUAUGGUAUGUAGGCUCUUAAUUUGUGGAUGUCCAUCAUCCAUUUAGUAUGAUACGAAUUAAAGUUUGUAUGAUAUGUUACAAAUUCCAAUUUGUUGUGGCUAACAUUAGCUAGGUGGCUAACAUUAUCUAGGGGUUAGGGGAAGGGUUAGCUAACAUGCUUAGUAUCUAAAAUGCUAAAGUGUUUCAAACAUGCAACCUUUGGGUUGCAAGACCAACCUCCCUCCUUUAGUUUUUAUCUUAUGUAACCCUUUGUCUUAUGUAACCAUACCAAACUUAACAUAUCAUACUCAUUUGAGUGUCACAGAUUUAAAUGUACUAUGUUACGUAAAUAUUAGGUCUUUGAGGCCAGGCUGAUUAUUUACAGGGCUCAGGGAAAAUGACAUAUGCAGGCUUAUUUUUCUUCUCUGUUCUGGCCUGUCUGUUGUGUUGAGUGUGCCUGUGAAUUUGCUAUUGUUGCUCCCCGAUAGCUUCCUGGCAAAUCUCAAGUGUUUUCAUAGUAACAGCCCAUUAUCCAGUCAGGCUGUGCACCUUUCUUCCAGCCGCACAUUCACAGCCUCUAGUUAUUCAUGAUGCAGGGGACAGUGGACAAUGUGCUUUAAUGACUGGACAUUCAGGACACCUGUUUAAUAAGAAUACAAGGCCAGACUAAAAGAGGCUCUUUCUAUCUCUACCUAUUCACAAGGCUAUAUACCACAAACAAGUUCAGUGCUACUUACUGAAAUCACAUUCUACAAUUUUAAAUAAUGACUGACUCUGUGUUGUGUUGUCCUUCCAGGUCCAGUUUUUGGUGUGUGUGUUGAGUUUGCCAAUGCCCGGAAUCGGUGUGUGAGGCCAGGGUUAGCCCCCCUUCAUUCUUUUGCUAUCACACACAUCUGCAAGAUGGUGAAUGUCUAUACGGUUUGCAUCGUCAUACUCUGUCUGACUGUUGGACUCCUGGCCAAAGCCAUCGGGCCAGAAGACGGAAAAACAAAAGGUAGGUUUCUAAACAUUGCCAAGACUGUUGUUCUUAUAUGUUAUUUCCCCUACACUGAUGAAUGGUCCAAAGCCCUCUUGAGAAUGAUUUGCUGAUGGACCACUGGUUGAAUUCUCCCUGAGGGUGGUUUCUCAACUGUGGGGUUUCUUAAAAUACAUCUCUUAAGUCUUUACUACACAGCUUAACGUUUAAAGUGAGGUUGCUCAGUUCUGCUUAGACAAGUAAUAAAAUAAACCACCAACAAAAGCUUUACAAAUAAUAGAAAGGCCAUUAAAUGAACACUUCCCCCUCACAUUUCAAUUUUAUUCACUGAAAGAUCUCAUUGGGGAAGGAGAAAAGUGCCCGUAGCUGUACAGUACAGUAACCCUUUGAUUCAUUAGGUUGGACUAUUUAUAGGAGAGCAGCGAGCCAUAGGGAAGGUGUGAUCCAGUCGAAUUCAAGGUGACAGGAAGGAGAAAGGUUGUAAUCAUUUUUGUGGGGAUGAGGAUAAAAAAAACUCCCAGUGUUUUUGGUGCCGUAAACCAUGCUACCCGAUCCCUCCAAGACCCUGGGGCUCGGAAGUGUACAUUUGUCUGGCCCGUUGCCAGCCGAGAGGGCCAGGGUUGGAGGGUAGGAAGGAGAGGAUGAGGGGGGGCUUCCAUUGAUGCUUUACAAACACACGCCUGUCUUCGUUUAUUACCUGCCACAGCCAUCCAUUCAGCUCAAAGUAUUGUUAUGAUGUGUGCAGAUUGGCUACAUGCUCGGCAAAUUGCAGCCCUCCAGGCUUAAAGGAGCUGGGGUCUCUUUUAAGCCCCUAUAUUGAUUGCUAUCAGGAAAGGUGGAAGCCCUACUCUAGUCUAGGGCUCAUUUAAAAAACUUUGGUCAAUGUUUUUACAAUACAUUAUUCACAGCUGUUUAGAAAGUCUAAGCACAGUAAAUAACUUCCAAAAGAUUCAAAUACAAAAUCAAAUCAAAUUUUAUUUGUCACAUACACGUGUUUAGCAGAUGUUAUAGUGGGUGUAGCGAAAUGCUUGUGCUUCUAGCUCUGACAGUGCAGUAAUAUCUAACAAUUUCACAACAUAUACCCAAUACACACAAAACUAGUAAGGAAUGGGAUUUAAGAAUAUAUACAUAUAUGGACAAGCAAUGACAGAGCGGCAUGGAUUAAGAUACAGUAGCAUAUUAUAGAAUAGAAUGCAGUAUAUACAUAUGAGAUGAGUAGUGCAAGAUAUGUAAACAUUGUUAAAGUGACUAGUGUUCCAUUUCUUAAUGUGGCCAGUGAUUUCAAUAGGCAGCAGCAGCCUCUAAUGUGCUAGUGAUGGCUAUUUAACAGUCUGAUGGCCUUGAGAUAGAAGCUGUUUUUCAUUCUCUCGGUCCCAGCUUUGAUGCACCUGUACUGACCUCGCCUUCUGGAUGAUAGCGGGGUGAACAGGCAGUGGCUCGGGUGGUUGAUGUCCUUGAUGAUCUUUUUGGCCUUCCUGUGACAUCGGGUGUUGUAUGUGUCUUGGAGGGCGGGUAGUUUGCCCCCGGUAAUGCGUUCAGCAGACCGCAUCACCCUCUGGAGAGCCCUGCGGUUGUGGGCGGUGCAGUUACCGUACCAGGUGGUGAUACAGCCCGACAGGAUGCUCUCAAUUGUGCAUCUGUAAAAGUUUGUGAGGGUUUUAGGUGCUAAGCCGAAUUUCUUCAGCCUCCUGAGAUUGAAGAGGCUCUGUUGCGCCUUCUUCACCACACUGUCUGCGUGGGUGGACCAUUUCAGUUUGUCGGUGAUGUGUACGGCAAUUCACUGAUGAAAAACCCCUCGUCUACCACAGCAGUGAGAGGGGUAAGAGAGAGAGAGGGGACUGUGUAAGGUGAACCCUGGUAGUUUUUCGAUGGGCCUGUUUGUUAAGAGGGUCUCCCCAUGACUCCGUGGAAAAGCUGACUCCCGCUGUGGAGAAUGCAGCACUACAAUACAGCACUAAGUUCCUGCCAGAAAACAUUUUACUCAUUGGACAACGGUAAUAAUUCAGCACGGCAACACCAUCCAGGAAAGUUCCAGUUACCAACCAGGAAAAAAAAGAGAGGAGAGAGAGAACAGAGGCAGCCGUUAUGAACUGUUUAAGUGUGGUUGCAGGAUGAACUUGGUGGUAUUUUUCUCACAGAGGAGGAGUGAAAUGUAUGCCACACACAUCGUUCCGGAGCACAGGCGUCAGUGUGCUAACGUAGAACAGCGCUGCUCACACUCAGGCUUUGACUGUGAUUUACUGAGGAAUUUAUCCCCUCCAGAUAUGACAUAAAUCAAAAUUAAUUGGCAUGUAGGAUGCUCUGCAUUUUAACUUGUUAAUCACUGGUCUCUCCUAAUGUGUUGUAAGCAAUGUGGCUGCAAUAUUAUCGCUCACUGUUCAGAUGGCGCCAGUAUAUUACUGACAAUAUUGCGUUAUUGCAGUUGGUUCUCAGCAUAUCCUUUGUGGUGAAGGGAUACUAAUGUAGAAGACUUACGUUGCCAAAUGUGUCACCCAGAAAAGAAACAAACCAUAGCAUACCAUGGAUUCACCCCUAAAGGAACUCUAGUCAUGAAAGAGGCGAGUGCAUCUGAUGGCCAAAUGGUCAAACCCAGCACAGUCCCCCCUGCCAGUCGAGUCACACCAGUGAAAUGUUUUGUGUUGUGUUGUGUUUGCCCCCUCGACACUGGGUGACUAUUCACACUCAGCUAGCUGUGAGUUCAAAUGAAGGCCACGGGCCGCUCCAAGUCCUCACAAGUUCAUUAGCAUGGCUCUGUGUACUUGGUGGGGAACGUUGCCUUUCCAGGCUUAAUAGAAAGCGGCACUUUUAAAGUUGCCACAGCUUUUUAUACUGUACUGCAAAGUAAAUUCACAGUGUGGGAUGGGAUGGUAAACUAAUGUCUAGAUGGGUCAAUCUCAUAGUCAAGUGAAUAGGAGUUUUCAAUGGACAAGGAGCAUAUAAGGUACUUAUUACAGUGUAAUACAACUGUAUUAUUUUUGUUGCUAAUUUGAGUUGAAUUCAACCGACCAUACAAAUGAUAAGGAUCAUUUGGCGUUCAAUCAUGGCAAUUCAAGAACGAAUAAUUUUUUCCCCCCAAAGCUCAAUUCUUGAGCUUUUAAUAUGCAAUGCCUCUGAAAGCAUAAUGAUGGUAUUAUGUAUUGGCUGUACAAAUGGAGCAUUACAGAGUGAACAGGGUCGUGUUGUUCUCUCACCAUUAACUUGAUGGCCUAGCUCUCCCCUGUGUAUUCCUCCUCCUCCUCUACCUCCGCCUGCCUCGCGUGGAGCAGUUAGAGAGAGCAGCUCCUCAAGCAGGGGGAACAGAUUGCCUUUUGACUGACUGAGGGGGUUGCAGGAAGUAAUCGCACAGAAAAUUGGCCUGGAAUUGCACUUUUCAGCUUUUUGACUGAGCGGGCACGUCGCAUAUGGCUGAACGAGCGGAGGCCAGGGGAGCACUUAUCGUGACACAUUAGCCCCAGUUUAUCAGUACACUCCAUCACCCACCAACCAAGCAGCCCGCAUUCAAACACAAGCACGCUGAGAAAUGCAAGAAACACAUACUUCUAUGGAAGCGUUUAGAUGUCAACUGAAACCGUUUUCCUUCUUCUCACGAUUUCUCUCCUCUCUCGUUCUCUCUGUACAGAUCAGAGAUUGUCUCGUCCACUCGUCCUGCCUCAUUACCCUGAGAACGCUACAGCGGUUGUAGGGGGACAGGUGAAGCUGCUGUGUAAGGUCCACAGGCCGGCCUUCACCAAGGUUCAGUGGCUGAAGAGAGACGGAGAUCGCCUGGGAGCCGAGGGCCAGCCACAUCUUAGAGCUCUGACGGCCCUCCAGAGCAACAUCUCCAAAGUGAACUCUCUGUCUCUGAGCAACGUUUCUCUGGAAGACGCUGGGGAGUACAUCUGUAUGGCUGAGACCACCACACAUGCUGGACUCCAGCUUCAGUCCAUGCAGUCUACCUGGCUACAGGUUCUACCAGGUAAACCAGAGUUUGUUAAUCAGGCUAUGGGAUGCUUCCCACAUAGAUUAGGAAUUAGAAUACAUAAUUUAAUAGGAUCUCUAUGGCUUCCCAUUCAGUGUAGCCUCGUGUUUUAUAGUCAAUUAUAUCCUGAUAGUAAUUGAUGACUAACAACAAUAACUAGUUGGAAGUCAAUGUAUGUUCAUCUCAUUCCUUGUCUUUCCUGUUAGGGACCCUGAUCUCUCGUUCCCUGGACCAGAGUACGGCUAUUGAAGUCCCAGCAGGUAAUUGCCAUUGAACUGCCUCUAUCCCAGUGGAGUAGAGAGAACAGAGAGGAGUAUGAAUGAGGAUGACAUGGGCCUGUUUGGUGGGCUGGAACAGGGCUUUCUCUCCGAGCCUGCGUCUUAGACCGCCACUGAACCAUUGCCACCCCAUCGAUUUGUUUGUGAAGGCCCAUCCGCUGUCACGCUACAACACGUUCAUUAGCUACAUCAUUUUUUAUCUUUCUUCCUUUUCUCUUUUAUUUUUUUCAGGUAGCUAGCUUGCUCUCACUCCCACAGUGAUCUAUGCUAAACAAAACAAGGAGCAGAGAGAGGUGGAGAGGCCUCCCGGUCGCCAUGGAAAUAUUUCUUUGUAUGUGUCGGGUGUGUCAGGGGGAUAAUGUGGGCGAGAGUUGAAAGGUCAUAAUUGAGGGGAUGGCCACUCUUUUUAGAACGAGACGUGCCCACUGACUUGCCUGUGUGUGUACGUGUCUUUUAGUGUGUGUCAAUACUCACGUGUUUGUUUUGUCUCUCCGUUGUCCCUGCAGAUGUCCUGGAUGACCUUAGUGAGGACACCAAUGAGCACCUGCUUCUGGAACCGGGUGAUGUCCUCAAGCUGCGCUGUGACACCAACCGACCGGGGGGCGUGUAUUGGUACAAGGAAUGGACCCGGGUGCUGCACACCGCCCGCAUCCAGAUCCACGGGGGCGUUAUGGAGAUCACGGACGUGACGUACGAGGAUUCUGGGGUGUAUGUGUGUGUCCUCCGGGGAACCAAGGAGCCCCUGAGGAACUUCACCAUUACCGUAGCAGGUGAGGUCUGGAUCUAGAAAAAUAAGAUCUGAGCUUUAGAGAUACCAAAUCAAAUCAAAUUUUAUUGGCCACAUGCGCCGAAUACAACAGGUAUUUAUACUUACAGCCCUUAACCAACAGUGCAUUUAUUUUUUUAUAAAAAAGUAAAAUAAAACAACAACAAAAAGUGUUGAGAAAAAAAGAGCAGAAGUAAAAUAACAGUAGGGAGGCUAUAUAUACAGGGGGGUACCGGUGCAGAGUCAAUGUGCGGGGGCACCGGCUAGUUUAAGUAAUGAUGGGGUGGGGGGGCAGUGCAAAUAGUCUGGGUAGCCAUGACUAGCUGUUCAGGAGUGUUAUGGCUUGGGGGUAGAAGCUGUUGAGAAGUCUUUUGGACCUAGACUUGGCACUCCGGUACCGCUUGCCGUGCGGUAGCAGAGAGAACAGUCUAUGACUAGGGUGGCUGGAGUCUUUGACAAUUUUGAGGGCCUUCCUCUGACACCGCCUGGUAUAGAGGUCCUGGAUGGCAGGAAGCUUGGCCCCAGUGAUGUACUGGGCCGUACGCACUACCCUCUGUAGUGCCUUGCGGUCGGAGGCCAAGCAGUUGCCAUACCAGGCGGUGAUGCAACCAGUCAGGAUGCUCUCGAUGGUGCAGCUGUAGAAUUAUUUGAGGAUCUGAAGACCCAUGCCAAAUCUUUUCAGUCUCCUGAGGGGGAAUAGGCUUUGUCGUGCCCUCUUCACGACUGUCUUGGUGUGUUUGGACCAUGAUAGUUCGUUGGUGAUGUGGACACCAAGGAACUUGAAGCUCUCAACCUGUUCCACUACAGCCCCGUCGAUGAGAAUGGGGGCGUGCUCAGACCUCUUUUUUUUCCUGUAGUCCACAAUCAUCUCCUUUGUCUUGGUCACGUUGCGAGAGAGGUUGUUAUCCUGGCACCACACGGCCAGGUCUCUGACCUCCUCCCUAUAGGCUGUCUCAUCGUUGUCGGUGAUCAGGCCUACCACUGUUGUGUCGUCGGCAAACUUAAUGAUGGUGUUGGAGUCGUGCCUGGCCAUGCAGUCAUGGGUGAACAGGGAGUACAGGAGGGGACUGAGCACGCACCCCUGAGGGGCCCCCGUGUUGAGGAUCAGUGUGGCAGAUGUGUUGUUACCUACCCUUACCACCUGGGGGCGGCCCGUCAGGAAGUCCAGGAUCCAGUUGCAGAGGGAGGUGUUUAGUCCCAGGAUCCUUAGCUUAGUGAUGAGCUUUGAGGGCACUAUGGUGUUGAAUGCUGAGCUGUAGUCAAUGAAUAGCAUUCUCACAUAGGUGUUCCUCUUGUCCAGGUGGGAAAGGGCAGUGUGGAGUGCAAUAGAGAUUGCAUCAUCUGUGGAUCUGUUGGGGCGGUAUGCAAAUUGGAGUGGGUCUAGGGUUUCUGGGAUAAUGGUGUUGAUGUGAGCCAUGACCAGCCUUUCAAAGCACUUCAUGGUUACAGACGUCAGUGCUACGGGUCGGUAGUCAUUUAGGCAGGUUAUCUUAGUGUCCUUGGGCACGGGGACUAUGGUGGUCUGCUUGAAACAUGUUGGUAUUACAGACUCAGUCAGGGACAUGUUGAAAAUGUCAGUGAAGACACUUGCCAGUUGGUCAGCACAUGCUCGGAGUACACGUCCUGGUAAUCCGUCUGGCCCUGCGGCCUUGUGAAUGCUGACCUGCUUAAAGGUCUUACUCACAUUGGCUACGGAGAGUGUGAUCACAUAGUCAUCCGGAACAGCUGGUGCUCUCAUGCAUGCUUCAGUGUUGCUUGCCUCGAAGCGAGCAUAGAAGUGGUUUGGCUUGUCUGGAAGUCUUGUGUAACUGGGCAGCUCGCGGCUGUGCUUCCCUUUGUAGUCUGUAAUAGUUUUCAAGCCCUGCCACAUCCGACGAGCGUCAGAGCCGGUGUAGUACGAUUCAAUCUUAGUCCUGUAUUGACUCUUUGCCUGUUUGAUGGUUCGUCGGAGGGCAUAGCGGGAUUUCUUAUAAGCGUCCGGGUUAGAGUCCCGCUCCUUGAAAGCGGCAGCUCUACCCUUUAGCUCAAUGCGGAUGUUUCCUGUAAUCCAUGGCUUCUGGUUGGGGUAUGUAUGUACGGUCACUGUGGGGACGACAUCAUCAAUGCACUUAUUGAUGAAGCCAGUGACUGAUGUGGUGUACUCCUCAAUGCUAUCUGAAGAAUCCCGGAACAUGUUCCAGUCUGUGCUAGCAAAACAGUCCUGUAGCUUAACAUCUGCGUCAUCUGACCACUUUUUUAAAUAACCAAGUCACUGGUGCUUCCUGCUUUAGUUUUUGCUUAUAAGCAGGAAUCAGGAGGAUAGAGUUAUGGUCAGAUUUGCCAAAUGGAGGGCGAGGGAGAGCUUUGUAUGCGUCUCUGUGUGUGGAGUAAAGGUGGUCUAGAGUUUUUUUUCCUCUGGUUGCACAUUUAACAUGCUGGUAGAAAUGAGGUAGAACGGAUUUGUUUCCCUGCAUUAAAGUCCCCGUCCACUAGGAGCGCUGUCUCUGGAUGAGCGUUUUCCUGUUGACUUAUGGCCUUAUACAGCUCAUUCAGUGCAAUCUUAAUGCCAGCAUUGGUUUGUGGUGGUAAAUAGACAGCUAUGAAAAAUAUAGAUGAAAACUCUCUUGGUAAAUAGUGUGGUCUACAGCUUAUCAUAAGAUACUCUACCUCAGGCGAGCAAAACCUCGAGACUUCCUUAGUAUUUGAUUUAGUUCACCAGCUGUUGUUUACAAAUAUACACAGACCGCCACCCCUUGUCUUACCGGAGUCAGCCGUUCUAUCCUGCCGAUGUAGCGUAUAGCCCGCUAGCUGUAUGUUGUCAUUCAGUCACGACUCUGUGAAACAUAAGAUAUUACAGUUUUGAAUGUCCCGUUGGUAGGAUAACCGUAAUCUUAGGUCAUCCAAUUUAUUCUCAAAUGAUUGAAGAUUGGCUAAUAGGAUUGAUGGGAGAGGCAGUUUACUCGCUCGCCGUCGGAUCCUUACAAGGCACCCCGGCCUACGUCCACCAUAUCUCCGUCUCUUCCUCAUGCGAAUGACGGGAAUUUGGGCCUUGUCGGGUGUCUGUAGGAUAUCCUUCGCGGUCGCCUCAUUGAAGAAAAAAUCUUUGUCCAAUACGAGGUGAGUAAUAGCUGUCCUGAUAUCCAGAAGCUCUUUUUGGUUAUAAGAGACGAUGGCAGAAACAUUAUGUACAAAAUAAAUUACAAAUAACGCGGAAAAACACACAUAAUAGCACAAUUGGUUAGAGGGCUGUAAAACGGCAGCCAUCUUCUCCGGUGCCAUUCUCAAGUAGGAUCCAAUGUAGUUUUAGGUUCUAUUGAUCCAUUUCUAUGUUCUAAGUUCACCCUUCCUGAAUGAUCAGUUAUGAGAAUGUUAUUAGCUCUUUCCAUGUCUUUAUGCUUCUCUCUCAGACUCAGUGGGCUCAGGUGAUGAUGAUGAGGACAAUGGUCUAGAAGACACGUCAGCUGAGAUAGACAAUGACCAGGUCUACUUCACAAGAGGUCCCUACUGGACCCACACCCAGCGCAUGGAGAAGAAGCUGUACGCAGUGCCGGCAGGGAACACAGUCAAGUUCCGCUGCCCGGCCAUGGGCAGCCCUCUGCCCUCCAUCCGCUGGCUGAAGAACGGACGCGAGUUCAGGGGAGAGCACCGCAUUGGAGGCAUCAAGGUGACCAACCUGGGAGCAAAGACAGUAGGAGAGUGGUUAGGGUGGGAAGAGAAGAGAAGGAGGGUGAAGGAGGGAGGGGGAGAAAGACGUGGUUGUGGUUUUCAUUACUAGCGUAAAACCGCCACAUACUUUGGCCUCAACCCUGGUACCUGACAUUUAGUCUCAAUAGGGAAGUAACACAUUGUGAAUCUAUUUAAACUGGAUCCAUCAACAACAAGUUACCAUAGAGACAGACUAGCACUUCCAAAGGACAAGCCAGUAUAACUUGUAUCCAUAGGAAUGGUCCAACACACAACAUACAGACAACCCAUUUCUAACGUGUCCAUUUUUUCCGUUUAUAGUUGAGACACCAGCACUGGAGCCUGGUGAUGGAGAGUGUGGUGCCUUCAGACCGUGGGAACUACACCUGUCUGGUGGAGAAUAAAUACGGCUCCAUCACACACAGCUACCUUCUGGACGUGCUGGGUAAGAACACACACUCACUCACCUCACAACAAAAACCUCUCUUCACCUACCCAACAACAGUCUGCUGUUUGCUCAUCUGACAUUCAACUCCCAAAGCUGGGAGUGAUAGUAUGGGAAAUUAGCAAAUGUAAUUCCCUCCACCAUACUCUAAUUCAACCAAAUUCUGUCAAACUUAACACAAGCCCUAUCCGUCUGCCUCUCCAUAAUGACUGAAAGUCAAGUUGGCAUGAACUCAUUAUAAAGUCCGUACAGCUAGUCAAAGCUCCAUGGUGUGUGCAGUACUAUACAGUAUUGUCACCACCCUCCUACACCCACCACCACCCCACUCUAGACAUCUAGACACAGGCCUGUCUCCUCGCGGAGCCACUGCCGGCCCAUGAUACUUAGCACAUGUCAGGCCUAAUUACUGUCAUGUCCCAGCUCUCUCCCCGCUCUCCCCCAGUGGUGUCUCACUAGACACAGAGAAACACAGAAAGAGAGAAACACCCGAUGAGGGAGGAAAGAGCCGAUGAGGGAGCCGCCAGGGAGGCUGGGCCCACGGGGGCGCCACGAUUAACCUAGCACCCGCCCCGGGGCUUUAGAAGUCCACUGGGAUGUUUUAUGAUAGAGAGAGAGAGACACAGAGGCAGUAAAUAUCUGGCCUGUCGGGGGAAAAGAGGCUAAGGGGGCGGGGCGGGGGGGGGGGGGGGGGUGUUGGAAGUAGGGGGGGUGUUGAGGGGGAGCUGGCGUCAGCCGUGGCAGGGAGAGGAGAGAGAGCGGACGGCCAGGCGUCCCGACCAGUUUUCACCCUGACCUGUGACUGGCCAGUUUGUUUCGGCGGCUUGGCAGUCCCGCGUGGGGUCAACUGCUGUCUCCAGAAGCAUGCGAGGGGUAAAAGAGCAUGCACACACAGAACAGAGAAAGAGAGAGAAGCAACGCAGCAACUUCAAAGCUGGCCUGGCUAGAAAAUAAAAUUGCUAAUGAAACCAAUUAGUGAGACUGACUGAGUAUGGCUGGCGUUGGUUGUGAGAGACGCUGCCUGCUUAUCGGUCCCUUCCCCUUUGGCAGUGCUGCGCUGCGAUCAGUCAGAUUAACAUUGGUCAUUACCACUGGCCUUUCUCUCCAUGCCUCUGAAACACCACAUGUAGAAAACAAAAAUCGGGAGAUAUCGUUGUUUCAUCUGAAUCUAAAAAAAAUACUGUUAUUUUAGAAUAGUAUUUACUUCAAUUGCUAGGGUAUUUCAGGCAUUUCAGAGUACUUCUGGCAGUUCAGUCGGCGAUGUGCUCCUUUGAACAGAGGCAUUUCCUUUUCUUCUUUGAACAGAGGCAUUUCUUGCUGUCUCCCCGGCCAAACUUUGAACUCUUCCCCCGGUCAAGGGGAAUCCUCAUUGCCCUCUGGAGUCUAACACUUUCUCUCUCUAUUUCUACCUCUCUCCCCCUCCCUUGCUCUCUGAUUUCAGAGCGCUCCCCGCACAGGCCUAUCCUGCAGGCUGGUCUGCCAGCCAACACUACAGCGGUGGUGGGCACUGAUGUCCAGUUCUUCUGUAAGGUCUACAGCGAUGCCCAGCCCCACAUCCAGUGGCUGAAACACAUUGAGAGGAACGGCAGCCGCUACGGCCCCGACGGGACUCCCUACGUUCAGAUACUGAAGACAGGCAGCCUAAACAUGUCGGAGGUGGAAGUUCUCUACCUGACUAAGGUGACCAUGGAGGAUGCUGGAGAGUACACCUGUCUGGCUGGAAACUCCAUCGGCUUCUCCUACCAGUCUGCCUGGCUCACCGUCCUCUCAGGUAUGUUUAUUACUCAAACAACAAUAUGGCAACAUAUGGCCAAAGUAAGGAGUCUAGAAGAGUUCCGAAGAAAUGGUCCCUUGUGUUUUGGGUCAACAUACUACAGGACUUUUUGUUGUGCCAAAGGAGUUCAGAAGGAAUUGUCACUUGUGCUUGAGACAGUCAGUCUCUAACCAAUCCUCGUAUUUCCUUCUCAUUGUCUUCUUCUUACAGAGGAGGACGUGGCUGACGAGGUGGACCUAAUGGAGACCAAGUACACUGACAUCAUCAUCUACGCGUCUGGCUUCCUGGCUCUGGUCAUGGCCAUUGUGAUCGUGGUGCUGUGUCGCAUGCAGGUCAACCCCAGCAGAGAACCCUUCGAUGUCCUCCCCGUCCAGAAACUCUCCAAGUUCCCCCUCCGCAGACAGUACUCUGUGGAGUCCAACUCGUCAGGGAAGUCCAGUGCGUCUCUGAUGAGAGUGGCCCGCCUGUCUUCCAGCUGCUCCCCCAUGCUGGCCGGAGUCAUGGAGUUUGAACUGCCCUACGACCCUGACUGGGAGUUUCCCAGGGAGAAGUAAGUUCUGCUUUGACUUCCUUGGUUUUGUUGUAGUUCCUUAAUGGUUAUUGAGUCAGUCAUUGAGUUCCUCCAUCUUGAAUACGUGUUUUGGUUUCUGUUGAAUUCCAUGUAUCUUCACUGUACUGACCAUCAUUAUCCUUCCUCUCUCCAGUAUGACUUUAGGGAAGCCACUGGGUGAGGGUUGCUUCGGUCAGGUGGUCAGAGCUGAGGCCUAUGGGAUCAACAAGGACCAUCAAGAGAACGUCUCCACUGUGGCCGUCAAGAUGCUGAAAGGUAUGAGCUAGGUACCAUCUUCUUAGGAGGAGACUGGACAAUGACUAGUAUUUACUAUUAACUCUAUUUCCAGAUAUGUUCCUAAGACUUCAAAUGUGUGUCCCUCUCGUUCCCCAGAUGAUGCCACAGACAAAGACCUGUCAGAUCUCAUAUCUGAGAUGGAGCUGAUGAAGGUGAUGGACAAGCACAAGAACAUCAUUAAUCUCCUGGGGGUGUGCACACAAGAGGGUGAGUUCAAGACACAAGUUCACAAUAGAUAAUGACAACCAAAAGUCAAAAGCUACUAUCUCACUGUUGCUCCUCACUCAUUUGACUCUAGCCCUGCUCAGUGACAUUGCCAUUAAUGGUGGUCCUAUGCCUCCAGGCAUCCUCAGUGAGGGUGGACUCAAUCACUAACUUUCUCCCCUCCCCCAUCAGGUCCUCUGUACGUGCUGGUAGAGUAUGCAUCUAAAGGCAGCCUCAGGGAGUACCUGCGGGCCCGCCGGCCCCCCGGCAUGGACUAUACCUUUGAUGUGACCAAAGUGCCAGAGGAGCAGCUCACCUUCAAAGACCUGCUGUCCUGUGCCUACCAGGUGGCGCGUGGCAUGGAGUACCUGGCCUCCAAAAGGGUGAGUACUAUGUCCUAAUUGGGUUUGGCCAGCAAUUGGGCUUGUAUACCCUACCUAUAUCGUUUGGUUUUCAAAUGGAUGACUUUGGCCUAAGGGGUUUGGUUAUCUCCAUAUGUAUUCUAUCAGGUUUAAAAUCUGUAACUGGCCUUCUAUAGAAUGACUUUGGCCUGAAGGGGUUUAGCCAACAAGCAAGAGCAAGUUGCAACCCCCUCCCUCCUUCCUUCCCUUCUACCCCCAACACACCCUUCCUCAUUCACUAGCCUGGUAUCUCUUAUCAACACAUCCCUUUGUAUGACACACCAUCCUGUCAUUCCACAGUGGAGUGGUGGUUGAGCCCUGUUUACCCCUCCGUUCAUCCAUCCCUCCAUCCUGCCGCAGUGGGCUUUGUCCUUUUUAGCACAGCCAUAAAUCUGUUAGCAAACAGGCGCAGAGCUGCGUCUGUGCCCCGGCAUCGGGUUUCUGUCUCUGUGGCCUGCUAAGAAUGCAGCAGUCUGAAACCACCCCACCAUUACGGAGCCCCCACAAAACCAAGGCUUUUUCAUUUCCACCAAUCCCCAAAUACCACGUCUAUUUCAAAUGAAAACCAAAAUAAACUUAAUGACAUCCAUUCAAAUCUGGCAAACAGGGGUUGUUUUUCGACGAAACCCCCAGAUCUAUAUAAAGUUGAUUUUUAAUUUGGUGCGUCUGGUUAAAAUUGGACGCUGCGUGUUGACUUAAGACCGGGUCUUUUAAUUUUAGAAACGUACAGCGAAUAAUUUCUAUGUCAAUCCUAUCUGGUUUUACAUGACGACUGCAAAAACAGAAAACCGCAAUGUAGACAUCGUCAUGUAAUUGCAAUACUCUAAUUGUAGGGUAACAUUUCACAAACACUUAAAAUAAAACUCAAAACGACGUAUAUCUUCAUGUUCUCUGACUUUACCCUGGUUUCUGCUCUCUACAGUGCAUCCACAGAGACCUUGCUGCCAGAAACGUCCUAGUCACAGAAGACAACGUCAUGAAAAUCGCAGACUUCGGCCUUGCAAGAGGAGUGCACCAGAUCGACUACUACAAGAAAACCACCAACGUGAGUUAUCCUAUCCUGCUAUCCCCCUGACUGGCUCUGUGGCACCUUGUCCCUCUCCUAAACCCAGACAUAAGUGCCUGUGCCAGGGCUGUGCUGUUGUGUGUCGUCUGGCUGGCCAGCUUUCAGAACAGCCCCUGCUGGUACAUGUAGACACAACACACUGUCUGCUCUCUGUCUAGUGUCACCCAGUCGGCUUGUGCAUGUUUGCAGCUUUAAUGCUCUUAAAGACAGAUGUUUGAUGUGUGCCCACUGAUUGGCAGCCAGCUUAAUGGGAGAUAAUUAGAAAAAUGGGACAAGGAAGGGAAGAAGGGAGUGGGCGAAAGAGAGGGAGGAAUGGGGGGAGUGGGGGAAUGAAGUGGGGAAGACUGGAUGAAAGGCUAGAACUGGAAUGUCGCUUCGGCUCUGGCGACUGACUCACUGACUGUCCACCGCUCACUAACGUGGUUGUUCUGUUUUGCAGGGACGUCUGCCAGUGAAGUGGAUGGCACCAGAGGCCUUGUUCGACAGAGUCUACACACACCAAAGUGACGUGUGGUCUUUUGGGGUGCUGAUGUGGGAGAUCUUCACCCUGGGGGGCUCGCCGUACCCUGGUAUCCCCGUGGAAGAGCUCUUCAAGCUGCUGAAGGAAGGCCACCGCAUGGACAAACCCUCCAACUGCACACACGAACUGUGAGUAGACACACAUAAGUGCAUACCAAAACUUACCAAACACACACAACAGCGUUCUCUUCACCUAACCAUUCAACUUGAAGUUGUAAAUUGAUGUUUAUUACUGUGUUGUGAAAGAAAGAAACAGUGAGUGGACGUUUGCCUUCCUUCAGAAGAUAUAUUUUGUGUCCUUUCUCCUGUGCUAUAUUUGGAUGUGUGUAAAUGUGAAAAUGCUGUGGAUGUGUGUAUAUACCCUGGUACUAACUAGCCCUGUCUGUCUAUGUGUGUGUGUGCAGCUACAUGAAGAUGAGGGAGUGCUGGCAUGCUGUGCCCACACAACGACCCACCUUCAAACAGCUGGUGGAGGAGCUAGACCGAGUGCUGCUGUCUAUCUCUGACGAGGUGGGUGUCUGGACCCCUGUUUGCGCGCACACACACACACACACACACAAUCUGCUAGCCAGAUGUCCUGUUGCAACUGACAGUUCCAGCUAUAGUUUAGUUUAUUACUGUAAGACACCCUGUAGUUCAAGAUAAGAAAGCAAAUCUCUCUGGGUUUGUACACAGCACAGUCUCAGAUAAAAUGUCAAACUUACUAUACAUCACACAACACAAACAUCAAGCUUAAAAAUACAAUAAAAUACACAACAACACAAAUGCAAAGUGUUACCAAGCUUAACUGUUUCUCUCCUGCUUUUUUUUGUUAGUACUUGGACCUGUCGACACCCUUCGAACAGUACUCCCCGUCAUGCGAGGACACCUCCAGUUCUUGCUCCUCGGACAAUGACUCUGUCUUUACCCAUGAUGCCCUGUCCACCGACCCCUGUCUGCUGGGUUACCACGACGUGCAUUCUCGGGUAGAGCUGAAAACGGCACUGCGG